UGGCAAUCUUAGAUUUCUUUUGAAAGUUAUGAUGGACAAGUUGUAGAAAAUAUAAGAUGAUCACAACCGCUUCAAUAAGAAGACUUGCUUUCACUGAGUCAAGAAGAUUUUACGCAAAAAAAGCGAAAAAUCAACCUGCGGUACAAAAAAAAAUUGAGUCCGUUGCUUCUUCUAUAGCAUCCAGAGGAUUUUUACGCUCAAUCAAGUCAUAUGAACCACCGGAAAAUGUAGCAGAGAAAAUAAAACAGAUAACAUCGCAAACACAAAUUGAAUCAAUUACCAACAUUGAUAAUAAAUUUAAGUUAUUAAGUGCAUGUUUUGAAGAAUUUAAGCAUAGUGUCCCUAAUUCUGCACUUCAUGAAAUAGAGACUAUAGAUGAUAUAAUCAAAUUUUAUGAAACUCCAGUUGAUACAACAGUGCCUUAUGAUGCCUUGCAAAAGAUGGAUUUACCUGAAAAUCUUCAUAUCCAAUCAGAUUAUUUACGUUUUAAUCCCGAAACCGAUAAUAUGUUCAAUGGACAAACAGCUUUUCCAAAAAGUUCAACUUUAGUAACUGGAUUAAAAUAUCGUAAUAAAUAUCCAGGUUAUGCUGCAAAAAGAUCUUGGCCAUAAACGAUAGUUUUGAAAGGAAAAAUAUUUUGUUAAUUUUAUUACAAUUUUGCUAAAUAAAUAAGGUAGCGUAUCAAAAUUA